AGCGGGCUGUGCCGAACUGCCUUGUGGGGCUUGGGCUCCUAGUGCUCCUGGAACUUUCUGGAGCCCUUUCUUCCACCACCCGGUCGGUGCAAGAGGUCGUCGGGGUUGUCAAGCGGGGCACGGGGAAUCCCCGGGAGCGUUGCACCUCCGGUUCCGGGGGCGGCCGCCGCCUGCGGGGACGGACCGCGCGCGGGUGCCGUGCGCAGAGCGGGUGCCUCGCAGAACAAAGCCCUGCAGCGCUUCCACCCGGCGGCGCCUCAUUUGCCUCUUUAGGCGACUCCUAACCGGCUCAGGUCUUGAGUCCUGAGGUUCCAGGAACCGCUGAGGAAGAUGGGCCUGGGCCCCCGAGCGGUCUCACAGGCCUCGGGUCUUGUUCCUUUUUUCACGCAGCCCCCUGACCUGAUCAUGCAAACCGCAGGCUUGGGGAGCGCUUUGCAAGUCCGGACUCACACGCCAGUCUUCUGCCUGGGGCCUUGCAGCCUCCUUCCUAUACGUUGGGCUCAGGCCAGCGCCAAACCAGAAACGUUUGCCAAGUCUUUGGUCAAACACGGAGGGCCGUGAACUCUCCUCUGGCCGGGUGUUCACUUGGUUGGCUAGCGGGAGACGCAGAGUAGCAGCACCGAGAGUGACGGACAGAUUGUUUUAGUUGAUGUUCACAGUCUGUGAACCUGGAUCUACAGUCCGCAGCAAAAGUAAUGAUGCGGGUGUGCUGGUUGGUGAGACAAGACAACCGGCAACAGCGAAUCAAACUUCCACAUUUGGAAGCAGUCCUGGUUGGGCGUAGCCCAGAGACCAAGAUCACUGAUAAGAAAUGUUCUCGACAGCAAGUGCGGUUGAAGGCAGACUGUAACAAAGGAUAUGUCAAGGUAAAGCAGGUAGGGGUUAAUCCCAGCAGCAUUGACUCAGUCAUAAUUGGGAAGGACCAAGAGGUGAAGCUGCAGCCUGGCCAGGUUCUCCACAUUGUGAAUGAACUUUAUCCAUAUAUUGUAGAAUUCGAGGAAGAGACAAAGAGCCCUGGCCUGGAAACACACAGGAAGAGAAAGAGGUCAGGCAGCAGCGAUUCCUUAGAAAGGGAUGCUGCCCAGGAAGCUGAGCCCAGUACAGGACUGGUACCUUGGAGUGACCCUAGCCAGUGCUUUGUGCCCACAAACAAGGGGACAAAUGAAUCUGCCAAAAAGGAAUCAUUGGGCCACUGGAGCCAAGGCUUGAAGAUUUCUAUGCAGGAUCCUAAAAUGCAGGUUUACAAAGAUGAGCAGGUGGUGGUGAUUAAGGAUAAAUACCCGAAGGCUCGUCAUCACUGGCUGGUCUUACCAUGGGCCUCAAUUUCCAGUCUGAAGGCUGUGACCAGAGAACAUCUUGAGCUCCUCAAACAUAUGCAUACCGUGGGGGAAAAGGUGAUUGCAGAUGCUGCUGGGUCCAGCAAACUCCGCUUCCGAUUGGGCUACCACGCCAUUCCCAGCAUGAGCUGUGAUCAAGAUGAUACAAGAGGCGGGCAGAGUGACUGUCCGAGAUGGUAUGCCUGAGCUCUUGAAGCUGCCCCUGCGCUGUCAUGAGUGCCAGCAGCUGCUGCCUUCCAUUCCUCAGCUGAAAGAGCAUCUCAGGAAGCACUGGCCAGAGUGAUUCUGUGGAACCUGAACUUCUGCAGCAAGUAUGGUGAUUGUUUCGAGCAAACUUCUGGCACCUGUUCUGGAUUGCUUGUGAACCUUUAUUUCUUAAAUGAAAAAUACAGGCUUUUUUUUUUU